AUGGCCUAUAACAAAGCAUUCAAUCCCGAUGCUUUGCCCGCUCAUGCAGAGCCGGAGCAGGCUGCUCAAGCCCUCAGUCAGCUACAAGGGAAUCGCAGACCCUCUCCCAACAUACGGCACACCAAUCACCAACCUCUGAAUUCGCAUGCGCCUCGUCCGUCCUCUCCUGGCGCACGACGAACCUCACCUGCAGGCAUAUUGGCUCUCAAUACACAUCGGGCGUCACCCGUGCAAACAUAUCCUCAGCAUCGGCCUCCCAAUAAUCAGUCAUAUAGCGACAAUCAGUCCAGUCGCUUACCAUCUCCUUCAUCUCAUGUGAACUACGGUUAUUCCCCUGCCCCUCGACCUCAGACAGAACCGCGAUGGCCCUCCAACGAAGCACAUCAAUACCCAGCGCGUACACCGGCGCCGCCUGAUCCAGACUCUGUUGAUCUUCUGCCGCUGUUUCGAGCCGCAAAUGUGUCUGGCACAGGAUCCCUUACGACGGCGGAGCUAGGUUCAGCUCUAGUGAACGCCGAUUUCACACCUUUUGACAGCCUGACCAUAACAUCCUUAAUGCGCAUGUUCACCACAUCACCACCUAACCAGCCUCAAGGUCCUAGUAUCACCUUUACCGAAUUUGACAGUCUGUGGCAGUUUCUUGCUGCCUGGCGCACGUUAUUUGAACGCUUUGACGAGGAUAGAAGUGGUCGCAUUUCGUUGGGCGAGUUUUCCAAGGCCAUGACCGCGUUUGGAUAUCGACUAUCGCAACCCUUUGUUAGCGUGCUAUAUCACACUUUCAACGAGCGCAGCCCUGUCCCGAAGCAGGGGAUGAGCUUUGAUCUAUUCGUGCAAGCAUGCAUCAGCCUGAAAAGGAUGACAGAUGUUUUUAAGAAAUACGACGACGAUCGGGAUGGAUAUGUGACCCUGAGUUUCGAAGAAUUCUUGACGGAGAUUCUGCGGUUACGGGAUUGA